AGCAUAACUUGCAAAAAGGCAGAGGAAAACAGAGCAUGGUGGAUGCAUGUAGUGGAGGAGCAUGGGGCCCUCCCCUUUGUCCUUGGACGGCUAAUGCCCUCUUUUUCUCUCCCCUUGCCCCAGCCUACAAAUAGCCCCCGAGCUGAGCAACCACACCAGACAUGCUUGCCACAGAGCUAGUGUUGUGUAACAAUAGCAGGGUAGAUAUCUAGCUCAAGCGUCAAGUCUACUAUCCAAGACCACAAGUGCCUCCAAAUUCCAAGCUUCCCUUGCGGCGCUGCGACGUGCAUGCUCUGCCCGCAUCCUUGAGGGACCAAGCGCGACUGCCACUUCACAUCUUUCUCCAGGCGGCGAAGAUGUCGGUGGCGGUGUGCCGUGGCCCGGCCGUGCCGGCGUUCGAGGCGCCCAACUGGCUGCACCCGGUUGAGCCGUACAAGCCGGAGGUUGUCGUCGACAACCGGCCUGCGCAGGUGGACAUAUGGAACUCCAUCCAGGCUGACGUGGACAAGGCGGCCGCCGGCGCCAAGAAGGCGUCCAGCAAGCCGUACGUGCACCCGCUCGUGCGCCGGUCGUCGAGCCUGAUGAGUCAGAAGAGCCUCGAGAUCUGCACCGAGAGCCUCGGCAACGAGACCGGCUCCGGCGACUUCACUGCGUCCCUGGACGUCACCGACAUGGCCAGCCUCUUUGACCCGCCGCUGCCGGCGACCGCUGAGGCGGAUGAGUCCUUCUGGAAGCAUGGCGCGGCGCGCGAUUGCUCGGAGGAGGAGCAGUGGGAAAGGAAGGAUCUUGCGGCGGUGAACUACCACUGCUCGGCCGGGACGCGGUCGCCGUGCCGUGCGUUCCCGCCGCCGCUGCCGUCCAUGUCGCGCCGCGACGGGCCGUGCCUGCAGAUGCGCCCGCGCCGCCAGGACGGGCGCCUCGUCGUCGAGGCCGUGGUGGUGAGACCGCGCGGGUACCUCCACGCGAGGCGCCAGGGCGGCCGUCUCCGGCUCUCGUUCGUCGAGUGCUCUGCUCGCGAGCAGAGCGCGGCGAGCAAGAUCACCGCUGCAGCAGCUGAGGCGUCGUAUUUCCCGGCCGUGGAGCCCAAGAACGAGCAGGAGGAAGAGGUAGCUGUGGAAAUGGAGGAGGACGGCGAGGUGGAAGAGGAGGAGGUCGAGGUGGUGGACAGGGGCACCGUCGUGGAGGUCAAGGUGAGCACGCAGCCGCAGACGCCCACCGCGGCCAAGGUGCACCGUUCGACGCUGGUCAUCAACAAGUUCGUCGGCAGCACGCCGCUGACCAUCGACCAACCCCGGUGCCAUGCGGACACGACACACUCUGAGGAAGCCUGCGACGAGACGGCCGCACCACCAACUGGGCUGCGCCGGGUGCCAUCAUCCACGACAACGCUGGCAGCUGCGGUCGCCGUGGCCUCGACUGGGACCGACGUCCCGCCAGCUCCAGAGGACGACGACGAGUGCGGCGCGCUUCACCUGUCCGCGUCGGCCGCCGCCGAGCCGAAGCAGCUCCUGCUGUUCACGUCGCGGCGGGGCGACAAGCAGGACCUGCUGCAGAGCGUGCGCCGGUGCCGGCAGCUGCGGCAGAAGCCGCUCUUCAUCCUCGAGCCCUACUGCAUUGCCACCUCCUGAAAAGAUCCAUCACAAUUCAGUGAUUCACAACUGCUCUACACAUCUGCGGAUGCGACACUUCGGUUGCGUCGCUAUUGCUAGGCUUUAAUUAAUCACUAGUAAAUCAAGAACGGUCCUAAUUAGCCGCUUAUAAUAACCUAAUCAAUCCGUCGUCACAGUGGCCGCUGCAUGCUGGACAUUAGUUCUUUUUGCGACGCAUCCUUUAGAUGUGUUGCUGGUGUUUUUUUGGCUGCGCGUUGGCCAGUCGCCCUUUGGUCCCUUGCAGUGGUCUCGUGCGACUUGUAAUUGUUGUUGUACUAGUAGCUUGUCCCCUGUAUUUCCAGUGUGAUUUGAGUAAUUGAUCAAUGGAUUAACAGAUUCGCUGUAACCACUGUU